AUGGAACGAAGUAGAGGCAAUGCAGGAUGCCUAGUGACUCCAUGGGACAGGGACCGAGCCGCAGACUCCAAGAAGGCGGAUGCAGGGGCCCCAUGCGGGAGGCAGGGAGAUGGGCAGAGCCAGCCUCCCCCGGACAGCCCUGCCCUCGGCCUGGAAGACAGCCCUGGUGUGUCCACGUCUCCAGCCAUGGGAGCCUGGCCUCGGAAUCUUCCUGAAGAUGCCGCGAGAAAGCCCAGGAGCCCCAGUCUUCCGGGUGGGUGCGCAGAGCCUGGGGCCUCCCGCAGCAUCCGCAUCCCGGGGGAAGGGUUCGUGUGCUACGGCUGCCAUGGUCGUCUGGGGUGGGAGACGGCAGCCCGGCAGGAGACGGGCAUCCGUGCGUGGGCCACGGACGUGAGCCACACCCACCACCUGCAGUGGUGGAUCGGGAGGAGCAGCUGA